AUGUUGGUUGCCGAUUAUAAGGAGACCAAGUCUACUGUUGAUAAGCUGGAGAAACACAUUGAAGAACUCCAUAAGCAACUAGCUGGAUUAAGGGAAAAGCAGAACAAGCUUGGUGCAGAGUAUAGUUUCAGCCUCAAAACCUACUUUAGAGAUUGCAGAAGCUUCCAUCCACCAGGGAGUACUCCUCCAAAAAGAACUGUCCAUCGAGAAGACUGGACUGCAGGAGACUCUUAG